AUGGCUGGGGAUCUUGCAGAAAGAAGGUUGGAGAGAAGGCUGGAUAGUCAACUAGAUGAAGUAGAUGACAUUGGUGAAAACAUGGUGAACAUGACUUCUAAUCCUUCAAGAGAAUCUUACAACCCAAAAAGACCAGGAAAAAACAAACACCAAUGGUCUAUUAUAGAAGAUGCUGCACUUAUUGAAGCAUUGAUGCAAUUAAAUAAUGUUGGAGAUCUUAGAAACAAGAAUGAGAAAGGUUUUAGGCCAGGACAUGGACUAAGGCUACAACAAAUGCUUGAGGUUAGCUUGCCUGGACAUGGAAUUAAGGCAAAACCACACAUUGAAUCACGGUUAAGAACUUUCCAGAAGCUGCACAAUGUUGUGCAUGACAUGUUGUUUGGAGUUGGUAGCAGCGGUUUUGGUUGGGACUCAGAAAAAAAACUUGUUACGACUGAGAAUUCCGUGUGGGAUGAAUAUAUUAAGACUCAUGGAGAUGCAGAACAAUUUAGAUACAAGUCAUUGGCUUACUACGAGGAACUUUCUGUCAUCUUUGGUGGAGACCGUGCAUCUGGGAAAGAUGCUCAAGUUCCUGCUGAUAUUGUGGAAGAAAUAGAUAAAGUUGCAAUUGAUAAUGAUGAAAGUAUAGGCGUUGAUGGGGAUUAUGCUUCAUAUGGCCAAGAUUUCAUAUUUGGAUCAAACGAAGAGAAUUCUAAGCCAAAAAGGAGAAAGACUGAGAGCAUUAAAGAUGUGUCUCAAGUUAUUAGAGAGGCGACAACUAUUCUUGGGGAAUAA